AUGCAUGGUCCAAGUGAAUUUUUUAACAAUAAUAACCAAGACACACAUAUGAAAAAUAUGGCAACAAAACCUAACCAUAAGACGGAAGUGGGUCAAUUUUUCUAUAAAGGUAAAGAUAGUGAUCUAAUAGUUUUUGUAAAAUCUGAAAAUGCAGUAGACAAAUAUUUAGAAUCGCCACUUGUUGAAAAUUUGGCAGACUGUGUUGAAACUUUUCAAAUAUUUACUAAUAUGGAUUCUGGUUCAAGAGGCCAUAGAGGAGCAUUGGGGGAAGCUUCAAGAGCAGCUGUCGAAAAUGAACUAGGUAAAGGUAUAGAUCAAUUUGGUGCCAUUGAUUUAAUACUUAAACAGGGUAAGUAUACAGGUACAAUGUCUGAAAUAAGAAGAAAAGAUAGAAUGAAAGAAUAA